AGUAUAAAAAACUAUGAUGCCAUGGACAUGGAGACAAUCGAUCAUUGAUAGCGGGGAGAAAUAGUUCUGGUCAAGAGAUGGCUGCUGCUGAAGAAACUCAGAUUUCUCAAACAAAAUUGCAGCUUCCAAAAAGCUAUGAAGCCAUACUUGAAGAAGCAGACUCACAAAUUGAUAAAUCCUCCUCAGACAAGCUCUGUGAACAACUCUACUCCGGACUUUUCUUGAACCAAAAGAAAAAGAAAUUUUGGGUUGACAAGUUGACCCAGAAAAUUUUCUUUGUGUUGUUCGCAAAAUCUCUCUCAUACCUGAAACCAAACUGGAUUGUGCAACCUAUCUCAACCGCCUCUACCAGCAGGCUUGAGGAGUUCAAAUUACAAGAAUCACACAUAUUAAUGAUCGAGGAGGUUAUUCUACAAGAAUCAAAUAGUUUUGAGGUGAAAGGGAAAUUCAACACGUGCAAUCUCAGUCCUCUAACAUUUUACAAAGUUUCAUUUCUGAUAAGGAUGGAGAAGCAGGCUCAGGGAUGGGAAGAUCCUGUGAACCUGAGACUCGUCCACCCGGAUGGAAGAGAGGAAGAACGUCGAGAGAUGUUGCAGGAAAGCUAGAAAAUAAAUGGAUGGAUGUUUUAGUUGGUACGUUUACAACGUUCAUCGAUGUUGGGGAGAUGGAGUUUUCUAUGUAUGAAUUCGGUAAAAGGAAGAAGAAAGGACUUGUCACCUUUGUAUAGAAGCUUAAUUGGCAGCCAGCAAGCAGACCUAAUAUACUAUUUGUUAUGAGUGUUCUUUCAAGAUUCAUGCAUUCACCAAAGGAGACUCACUUUGCAGCUGCAAAACGUGUACUUAGGUACAUCAAAGGUACCAUUGCUCUUGGCAAUUUCUUUCCAAAACACCAGGAUAGGCUUUGAAAUUGGUUGGCUACACUGACAGUGAUUAGGGAGGUUGUGUUGAUGAUUCAAGAAGCACAUCAAGGUACUUAUUUUCUCUAAGUUCUGGUUUUUUCACUUGGAGCUCAAAGAAGCAGGAGACAACAGCUCAGUCUACUACAAAAGCUGAGUACAUUGCUGCUUCCUCGGUUAUCAACUAGGCUAUCUGGUUGAGGAAGAUGUUGAAGAAUUUGGAACAUGAGCAAGUUAAAGCAACCAGGAUUAUGUGUGAUAACAUUUCUGCGGUCUCAAUUUCAAAGAAUCCAAUCUUUCAUGGACAAACCAAACAUAUCAAGAUUAAGUUUCACUUUAUUAGAGAAGCCCAACAAUCAAAUGAAGUGGUGCUUGUUUAUUGUUCAUCUGAAGAACAGCUUGCAAACAUUUUUAUCAAGCUACUACCUAAAGAAAGGUUUGAAGCUUUAAGACAAAAGAUUGGAAUUUGUCAUCAAAAUGCCAAGGAGGAGUGUUAGACAGUUGGCAUUUUAAUUUCAAGAUAUUGUUUUUUUCAGUUCCUAUUCCCUUCAUUUUCUCUCUUGACUUUAUCAAGGUUUAGUUGCUACUUUUUCUGAA